CAUUACGACAACAUACCUUAUAACGGUCGCACACACUCUAAAACGUCUAGUGAAGAGUCAAUAUACUCAAAAUACGUUAGACGAUGAUCUGUGACUUGGGAAGACAAUUAUAACUUAAAUCAAGUAUUUAAAACAUUCAUUAAACAUGUCAUUUCCUUGUGUAACGUAAUCAAUACGUGUAGAUUUACUUCAUUAUCAUAUUUAUAUGAGUAGAGAUACUCAUAUAACAUUAGAGGAAAGAAAUAAUUAAAUAUAAAAUAGGAAAAAGGAAGAAAAAAAAAGAGCCAAUCCCACGCUGAAAGUUGAUUUCACCUUCCACCAUAACAAACUAUAACUCCUCUCUCCGAAGCAGUUCCACGUUUUGAAUCGCGUGUUGCGAUCACUUACACCGCCGCGAAGAUCCGUCGUCAUGUACGUCGCCAAGAGAGUCUCCGACGUAGAUCACCGUCUCCUCCUUGUCCUCAUAAUCCCUUCUGUAUCCCUCCUCUUCUUACUGUCUCUAUCUACCCUCACUCUUGAUCCUCUUCCUUCUCUCGCCCCUCUUCGUAACCUAAUCCACACUAAUACCCUAACCGCCACCACCGCAACCUCCGAUCCACGGCGGGGGAAGAGGGAUGAGUUGGUGAGUUCGAAGAUGGCGGUGUGUUUGGUUGGAGGAGCGAGGCGGUUCGAGUUAACCGGACCGUCGAUCAUUGAGAAGAUCCUUAGGGUUUAUCCUAAUGCUGAUUUGUUUCUGAACAGUCCUCUCGAUCAUAACUCUUUCAAGCUGAGUUUGCUUAAGGACUCGCCGAGGCUCGCGUGGGUUCGUAUCUUUGAGCCUAAACCGAUCGUUGAGACUAAGUCGAUGGUUCGAGUACUCACGCCCAUGCAUUCUCCCAAUGGGAUUAAGGGCUUAUUACAGUACUUCAGUCUCGUAGAAGGCUGUAUUACGAUGAUUAAGGCAUACCAAACCGAGAAUAACUUCACUUACGACUGGAUAGUCCGAACCCGUGUUGACGGAUACUGGUCCGACUCUCUCGACCCGGAAUACUUCAAACCGGGUCAGUACCUAGUCCCACCUGGAUCCUCUUACGGUGGCCUCAACGACCGCUUCGGCGUCGGCGAUCUCAACACCUCCACGGUGGCUCUCUCUCGCCUCUCUCUCAUCCCCGACCUUGACUCAGCCGGUAAAACUAAUCUCAACUCCGAAUCCGCCUUCAAGGCUCAGCUCACAACUCACCGUGUGCCUUACGUAACCAAACCUCUCCCCUUUUGCAUCAUGUCCGACCGAACCUACGAGUUCCCUCCGUCUAAGUACGGAGUUCCCGUCGCUGCGAUCUCAAGCAGCGGACCGUUGAACGGUGCUAAGUGCCGGCCGUGUACGGUGGCGUGCAAGGGUUCGUGUGUGGCGGAAGUAAUGGGAAAGCUGAGGAGAGGGUGGAGUUGGACGGAGUGGAAGCACGGGACGAUGGAGCUGUGCGACGCACGUGGGGAGUGGGAGGAAGGUUGGGAGAAGGUGUUUGAUGGAGUCGCCGGCGAGAAAUUCGCAUGUGCGAGGAAACGAGUCGGAGAUUUGGAUAUGAGGAGAUGUGUGGAAGAGUUUGAAGAGAUGAGAGGGUUGGCUGUUAAGUGGGAAGCUCCCGCCUCUGAGCACAUUUGUAAGUUGGGCUUAAGAACCAAAUAGAACAUAUCAAUUUUAGGUCCCAACUUAAUCGGCUAACAAAUUUUCCGAUUUGUUUGUUUUAGUUGUUUUUUCUUAUGGAUUCUUUGGUUGGAAAAAAUAUUACAGGUUAGUUUUGAUAUUUGAAAAAUUAAAUCAUGAUGUUUUAGUAA